AUGGUUUUGUAUGCCGUAAUGCUGUUUUUACUUCUUAACAGGCCAUCAAACAGUGACAUAAUUAAGCCUCAAGUAAAUUCUCCACGGGUAUGUAUAAUCGGCGCUGGUCUCGCCGGUAUAACAUCAGGAAAAAAUUUACAAGAUCAAGGACUUAGUUUCACCAUUUUAGAAGCUACGACUACUUUUGGAGGCACUUGGAGAUACGAGCCAAGAGUGGGAGUGUAUGAAAAUGGCCUUCCAGUAUUCUCAAGCAUGUAUAAACAUUUAAGAACUAAUCUACCAAAGCCUACGAUGGAACUGUCAGGAUUUCCCAUGCCUGACGGUGUACCGUCUUUCCCCACAUGGGAGGUCUACUACAACUAUUUACUACGAUAUGUACAUCAUUUUCAAUUAGAAAAAUAUAUGCAGUUCCAACACUAUGUAACACGUGUCUCCCGAGUGAAUGGUGUAUGGAGAGUGAGGCACAAAUACCUUCCUACUGGUGAAGAGAUAGAAGAUGAAUUUGAUUACGUCAUCGUUGCUACGGGACACUUCAGUCAACCUAAUAGACCUGUGCUGAACGGAGAGCAUAUUUUUAAAGGAAAUAUAAUUCAUAGCCACGACUAUAGAGAGCCAGAUUCGUACAGAGGUCGUAAAGUACUGAGUGUCGGAGCUGGUCCAUCUGGGCUGGACAUCACUCUUGACAUCGCCAGUGUAGCAGACACAGUUUACCACAGCCACCAUUCACCAAUGAAAUUUAAAACACAAUUUCCACCUAACUACGUAAAGAAGCCAGACAUAAAGGAGUUUAACGAGACUGGAGUUCUGUUCGUUGAUGGGUCGUACGCCGAUGUUGAUGAUGUUAUAUAUUGCACUGGAUACCUCUUUAAUUACUCAUUCCUGGACGAGAGUGCAGGUUUGAACAUUAGCUCUAAGAGCGUGAUGCCACUGCACAAGUUUAUGGUGAACAUCAACGAACCCUCACUUAUCAUCGUGGGUCUCAUUGAGAAGGCAUGCCUUGCGAAAGCACUGGAAGCUCAGGCACGAUACACAGCAGCUUUAGUGAAAGGCAAAUUCUCUUUACCCUCAAAAGCGGAUAUGAUGAAGGAGUGGCAGCGGAGAGCUGACGCAUGUGCAGAGCGAGGAUUAACCUUUGGGAAGUUACAUUAUUUAGAGGAAAAAGAAGAUGAUUAUUAUGAAGAAUUAUCACAAGAAUCUGGUAUAGACAGGGUCCCACCUGUUAUUUACAAAAUCCGCCAGACAGAUGCCAAAGCAAAAUUUGAGAAUUUGCUCACAUAUCGAAAUUAUGUUUACGAAAUCAUUGAUGACAAUACGUUUCUGAGGCGAUUAGAAGGCGAUACUGAAGCACAAUAG